GGGAGGUUAAAUGCCCAUCUAAAGGGUCCUGACAGCAAGACGACGAGGAAGAACGUUUGGUUUCGCUACGGGAGCGUCAACUUGUCGGCUCCCGUUCCCCAGCAUGAUUAGCACGGAGACAUAAACGUGAGCACGAAGAAAGGCCGAAGCUUCCGGCGGCUUUGCCAAAUCUGGAGGCCAGGGGGGCGACUUCUGGGUUACCUCUUGCCGUCCGAGCGGGCGCAAACAACGCGGCCAAAAGGGUAUUUAAGGCUCCACACUGACCUGCAAACUAACAGCAGACACAUGCGGGAAGCAAGAUGGAGGCCGGAGAGGAAGACGGAAAUGAUGUUGGCGGAAAGAGAGGGGUGUUCAAGAGUGUGACGUCCCGGGGUCACGUGACCAAGCCGGCCGUAUAAACAGGCCCGGAUGGUCCGCCCCCUCCCGGAUUCACCUCGGGCCCCACUGCGGCGUUCAGCGUCUCCCUGCUCGGCCCGGCUAGUCCCCGGACGCCGAGCCACCUGGAAGCAUAUGGACAUAGCGGGACAGACAGGCUCUCGUCUCCCAUUCGAGUCCCCCGUCACUCACCUUCUCCUUCCUCCUCCUCGUCACAUGAGUUUUGUCGAGGGAGGGGGUCACGGCGGCUCUUCCUCAUCCGGCCUCGGUGGACCCAGGCGGGCGUGAGAGCCAUGACUCUGAGCUCAGAGAUGUCGGAUGCCUCCAUCCUCUCGGAAGAGACCGACAUCGACGUGGUGGGCGAGGGAGGGGAGGCCGAGCACGGACGCUCCUACUCGGACGGCAUCCUUGUGCAGGGCGGCUCUCCUCCUCCGCACACUCCACCUCCACCUCAUCCUCCUCCGUGCCUGGACAGCUCCGCGUCAGGGCGGGACGCCUACAAGCCGUCAGCGGGCAAGAACCCCCUGGUGAAGCCGCCUUACUCGUACAUCGCCUUAAUCACCAUGGCCAUCCUGCAGAGCCCCAAGAAGAGACUCACCCUCAGCGAGAUCUGCGACUUCAUCAGCAACCGCUUCCCGUACUACCGGGAGAAGUUCCCGGCCUGGCAGAACUCCAUUCGGCACAACUUGUCCCUCAACGACUGCUUCGUCAAGAUCCCCAGGGAGCCCGGGAACCCCGGCAAGGGCAACUACUGGACCCUGGACCCGGAGUCGGCGGACAUGUUCGACAACGGCAGCUUUCUGCGGAGGAGGAAACGCUUCAAGCGGCAGCAGACGCAGGACUUGCUGCGGGAGCAUAGCGGCUUCCUCCCGGCGGCGGCUGCGGCGGCGGCUGCUGCCGCGUACGGCUACGGAGGCUACGGCUGUGGAGGGUACGGCCUCCAGCUGCAGUCCUACCACACGCACUCGGCACUGUUGGCCUUCCAGCAGCAACAACAACAGCAGCAGCAGCACUCCAGACACACCGGGACCAUCAUCCCCGCACCCUCCAUCAUGCCCACCGGCACCUCCACGGACAGAGCCAGGACCAGGUUCUGCCCCCAGCUCGGCUCGGGUCUGCAGGGUGUGAACAAGUCCAGCUCCCCGGUCCAGAGGUCCCCCUUCUCCAUAGAGAGCAUCAUCGGGGGAGGCUCGCCGAGCCCCUCCAGGACUUCCCCGGUCGUCGUGCCGGUGCUGCCCACCUCGCUGGGGCCUCAGCAGCACCCAGGAGCCGUUUUACACCCUCUGGAGAACUUCCCCGGCCGGGUGGUGAGUUAAAGUGCUGCGAGAGAGACUGAAAAACACAAAGACACAAAUAAAGCGAAGGUAGGAUUAUUUUUGUAUGUUUAUUGGACGGACAGCUUGAGAAGAUAUUUAUGUUAAUUCUUUGACCUUCAAUCAGGACGUGUUGACCUUGUCUGCUCUCAGGAUUUAUAAUGAUCACAUGUUGACAAAAAUAAUCAUGGAUUUGUGGCAAACACGUGUUUUUUAUUAUUAUUAUUAUUAUUAGUUUGGCAAAUCUCACCAUUUGGAAGCUUUUUUGAUUUUAAACUUUGUAAUAAAAAACAAAAAGAGUAAAAAAAAGUCAUACAUUUAUAAUAUGCAGUGUGUGUUUAUUUCAGUAAUAAAAAGUGAACAUUUUUG